GGACCUUCAAGAACGUAGGACCUCAGCAAGGGCCAGCCUGCGCGUGAGAGCCCUGGAGGCUGUACCUGCAGGGGUGGCUGGUGCCUGGGCACACCGUGCUCUCAGGGGCCCUGGGAAGGUGACAGGUGUGGGCUGGGGCCAAGGAGGGAGCCUGGAGGUGCUGAGAGCCAUCGAGGACUUAAAAGGAAGGAGAGACAGCACUCCCAGCGUGCCUUGGCUGCUGACCACCUGUUGCCUUCAGGGGCUUCUUGCACCGCCUGACCUCAUUCCUGUGGCAAGUUCAGAGCUGAAGCGCUGCAGCAUGGCGCGCGGGUGCCUCCAGUGCGUCAAGUACCUCAUGUUCGCCUUCAACCUGCUCUUCUGGCUGGGGGGCUGCGGUGUCCUGGGCGUCGGCAUCUGGCUGGCCGCCACACAGGGGAACUUCGCCACCCUAUCCCCCUCCUUCCCGUCCCUGUCGGCCGCCAACCUGCUGAUUGCAAUGGGCUCGCUGGUCAUGGCCAUCGGCUUGGUGGGCUGCAUCGGGGCCAUCAAGGAGCAGAAGUGCCUGCUGCUGACGUUCUUCGUGAUGCUGCUGUUGGUGUUCCUGCUGGAGGCCACCAUCGCCAUCCUCUUCUUCGUCUACACUGACAAGAUUGACAGGUAUGCCCAGCACGACCUGAAGAAGGGCCUGCACCUGUAUGGCACACAGGGCAAUGUGGGCCUCACCAAUGCCUGGAGCAUCAUCCAGACUGAUUUCCGCUGCUGUGGUGUCUCCAACUACACGGAUUGGUUCGAGGUCUACAACGCCACGCGAGUGCCCGACUCCUGCUGCCUGGAGUUCAGUGAGAGCUGUGGCCUGCAUGCUCCGGGCACCUGGUGGAAGGCGCCCUGCUACGAGACAGUGAAGAUGUGGCUGCAGGAGAACCUGCUGGCCGUGGGUGUCUUUGGGCUGUGCAUGGCGCUGGUGCAGAUCCUGGGCCUGACUUUCGCCAUGACCAUGUACUGCCAGGUGGUGAAGGCCGACACCUACUGUGCAUAGCCCCCCGCCCGCCUCUCUGCCAAAGGACAUCACCCAGACCAUGGUGGUGCCCUACCCCAUGGACCUGCCCUGUGCCAGGCUGGGUGCGGUGGGGGGCAGGUGGGGCUGGGCCCCAGGACCCCUGCCCGGCAGCCCCAAGGGAGAUGUGAACCCACCUGCGGGACUGAGGGGACAGUGGUGUGCAGGGGGCCACACGGGGACAGAGGUGUGUGGGAGGGCAGGGGGGCUCCGGUGCUUUUUUAUACCCAUGUACUUUCCAUAGCAGUGUUUUUAUUGCCCUUGCUCCCCGCUCUGGGAGCAGGGGGUUGGGGCCACAGGUGGGGAGCUGCGCUGAUGCCCCAGCCCCGUGAUGGGGUCAAGCAGGCCAGUCUGGUGCUCAGGCGGAGACCUGGCCCAUCCACAUUCCAUGCAGGCAGCAGCGCCCCGCUGUAUCUAAUAAAGUGUGUGAGCAGCACCCCUGUCUGUUGCUGCCC